AUGCGGAUUAACUGCUUUGGGCUUAGCAAGGUGCUGCACGCAUCUGCCCGAUUGCUGGACUGCAGUCCCCGGUGUGCCUUGCGGCGCAGCCGCCGGCCAAUCCCGCCUCACCGACAACAAGACGCGCCGCGAUUGGCGGAGAGGCGCAGGCGGCGCCGCACCAAUCGUGUUGCGGCGCGGAGGGAUGUGUGCGGUCGGAGCGGGCCCGGUGGCGGUGCGGGAGAGGUGCGGGUUGUGUCCCCGUUCCGUCCUCUGCCCUCCGCGGGCGAUGGGGGCCUGAGGUAUUUUCUAUGUGUGCUGGAGGAAAAAAUGAAUUCCACUAUGAGUGAGGAGCCUGAUGCACUAUCUGUAGUUAAUCAACUUCGAGAUCUAGCAGCUGAUCCUUUGAAUAGGAGAGCCAUUGUUCAGGAUCAAGGAUGUCUGCCAGGUCUGAUUCUGUUCUUGGACCAUCCCAGCCCUCCAGUUGUUCAUUCAGCUUUAUUAGCUCUCCGUUAUUUGGCAGAGUGCCGUGCCAACAGAGAGAAGAUGAAAGGUGAAUUGGGUAUGAUGCUCAGCUUACAGAAUGUAAUACAAAAAUUGUGGCUGAAACGUUUGCUAUGCCAACAAAAGGAAAAGAACAGCGCAGUUGUACCAACCUUCCUUGAGCAGUCUCUUUUUACUAAAGGUUUUUCAGAGACAGUAUUUAUUCUCUUGUUUUUUCUUAUAGCAAAUUCUGAAAUUGAGGUGUCUGUGUCUGCAAGAAAUGUGAGAAGGUUGCUUAGUUUCCAGCGCUACCUGAGAUCUUCCCGUUUUUUCCGUGGUAUCACUGUUCCAAAUUCUUCAAACAUUUUAGAUGAUGAUUAUAACGGACAAGCAAAGUGUAUGUUGGAGAAGGUUGGAAACUGGAAUUUUGAUAUCUUUCUUUUUGAUAGACUGACAAAUGGAAACAGUCUAGUCAGCUUAACCUUUCAUCUGUUUAAUCUUCAUGGACUAAUUGAACACUUCCAGUUAGAUACGAUGAAACUCCGUAGAUUUUUGGUUAUGGUUCAAGAAGAUUAUCACAGUCAAAACCCCUAUCAUAAUGCAGUUCAUGCUGCUGAUGUGACUCAGGCCAUGCACUGUUACUUAAAAGAGCCUAAGCUGUCCGAAUCCUUAACACCGUGGGAUGUUCUGCUCAGUUUAAUUGCAGCUGCCACACACGAUUUGGAUCACCCAGGCGUUAACCAACCUUUCCUAAUUAAAACAAACCAUUACUUAGCAACUUUGUAUAAGAAUACCUCAGUAUUGGAGAACCAUCACUGGAGAUCAGCAGUGGGGUUGCUGAGAGAGUCUGGUUUAUUUGCACAUAUGUCAUUAGAAAACAGGCAGCUGAUGGAAAGCCAGAUUGGUGAUCUCAUUCUUGCCACAGACAUCAGUCAGCAAAAUGAGUAUCUGUCCAUGUUCCGAUCCCACCUGGAUAGAGGAGACCUAUGUUUAGAGGAUGCGAACCACCGUCACUUCAUUUUACAGAUGGCUUUGAAGUGUGCUGAUAUUUGUAAUCCGUGUCGGACUUGGGAGCUGAGUAAGCAGUGGAGUGAAAAAGUAACAGAGGAGUUCUUCCAUCAAGGAGAUAUUGAAAAAAAGUAUCACUUGGGUGUGAGUCCACUUUGUGACCGACAGACAGAGACCAUUGCCAACAUCCAGAUUGGCUUCAUGACCUACCUGGUGGAGCCACUGUUUGCAGAGUGGGCCCGGUUCUCCAACACGCGGCUGUCACAGACGAUGCUCGGCCACCUGGGACUGAACAAGGCGAGCUGGAAGGGGGUGCAGAGAGAACAGUCCGGCGGCGGGGAGGAUGCUGACCCUGCCUUCGAGGAGAUGGACUCAGACAUAUUACCUCAGGAACCUCGAUUGUCCUGACCUCAGCCCUCAUGACAAAACUGCCUCUUCUCUCGGUGUCUGCACAGCUGGAUUAAAGGAGAUACUUGCCCACCUGAGGUCUUGGUAAAAUGAUGCCAGCAUUAUUUAUUUCCAAGUUUUCCUUCAACACAGACAUUUGAACCUGAUUUUUUUUUUUAACUGCGAGAUCUGAACAUAGAGCAAUAUGCGUAUGCCUCAGUUGGUUUUUGUUUGGAACCUUGAAUAUGCAAAGCACAGCAGUGACCGAGCCUUGGAGGAACAGUACGAAGGCUUCAUUGUGCCACACCUUUGUUUUUCUUUAGUGAAAUUUGAAACACGGUCUUCAAAUCUAAGACUUGAGAUGGAUCGUUCCACUUCCUUGGAAUUUAGCGAGACUUGCAUGAAUGUGUUCAGAGCAUACCUUCCACUCAGUCCCUGUUUUAAUACGGAAAUGUGAAGUGCCCAUCCUCUGCUGCCUCUGGCAAGACUUGAUGUUUACAAACGUACUCUGAAACUAUGGGUUCUAGACUUAACCUUUGCGCAUGGCUGUGAAGGAACCACUAACCUGGGUUUUUUGCUUUUUUAAAAGAAAAAGAUCAAAUCCGAGACUGCAGCUCUUGUUUUUUGGAUGCCAGAAAAGCCUCCCAUUUGCCAUAAUUUUGUUUGUGCACUGGGAACUGAGCAUUCAUCAUAGAGCACAGCCAAGCUUUACUCCAGUGCUGUAUGGGAAUGCAGUUUUUUAAAAGCGGAAAACACUUCAGAAUUCGGGAAGG